AUGGCUCUCCUGCCCAAGGUUAUCCAUGAAACUUUCACGUCGCGGAGGACUCACCAUCGAAUGCCAUCUGAACCACCAACCACAAUGGCUCUCCUGCCCAAGGUUAUCCAUGAAACUUUCACGUCGCGGAGGACUCACCAUCACAGUCCGUGCCAUCAACGCUACCCAGAGACUGAUGGUGGCCCCUCUAGUCACUCACUUGUCCACCUUGAUGCAGGGCCUGGCAUUGCCCUCAGUGACCCUUUUGUUAAGCUUAUUUGUUGGUAUGAAUUUGGCUACAGCAACCAUGUGAUAGACCUCAUGGUCCAUGUGGUUCCAAGGAGCAGAGUAGGUUCCAGGCAAAAGCGCUGUCCCGCCCAGCACCUCAGAACCUCAAGUGCGCUCAGCAAACCGGUGGGCGCCGGCGGUGACCGCGCGGCGCAGCAUCUCCCGCCAGAGUCCACAGCACAUGCGCAGUCAGACCCUCCGGCGGCCGCUCAGCUCCGCCCCUCGGAGACGCCGGGUUCCUUGAAAGGGACAGAGCGUAGAGACGCUCAAGUGCUGAAGGGUUGGGGUCGUGGACCCCCGCCAGGUCUCAGCAGCACGGAGGUGCAGGCUGUCGCCGAGGGCGCGGGGCCGGGCGCCGCUAGCGGUGCGCUCCGCCCCGGGCCCCCCGCCCCUGCCCCUGGCCAGGCCCGGGCUCCAACCCCCGUCCCAGCCGCGGCCUCUCAGUUCACCCUGCUGGUGAUGCGCCCCUGUGGAGGGCCGGACGAGGCUGCGGCCGAGGGCGUCCUGCGGCAGGCUCCGGCCCUGGGGGGCAGCGCCGGGGCGGGCAAGCCCGUUCGGUACCUGUGCGAAGUGGCGGGGGAUGGCGAGGAGGAGGCGGGGGAAGACGAGACAGACCUGCUGGACACUUCGGACCCCCCGGGGGGAGGCGAGAGCACGGCUAGUUUGGAGGAUCUGGAGGACGAGGAGACCCACUCUGGGGGAGAGGGCGGCAGCGGUGGAGCCCGGAGACGGGGCAGCGGCGGGGGCAGCAUGAGCAAGACCUGCACCUACGAGGGCUGCAGCGAGACCACGAGCCAGGUGGCCAAGCAGCGCAAGCCGUGGAUGUGCAAGAAACACCGCAACAAGAUGUACAAGGAUAAAUACAAGAAGAAAAAAAGCGACCAGGCCCUGAACUGCGGUGGGGCCGCCCAGGCUGGCAGCGCAGGAAAUGUCAAACUUGAGGAAAGUGCAGAUAAUAUACUCUCCAUUGUUAAACAGAGAACAGGAUCUUUUGGGGAUCGACCUGCAAGACCUACUCUUUUAGAACAAGUGUUAAAUCAGAAAAGACUGUCAUUACUAAGAAGUCCAGAAGUGGUGCAGUUUUUACAGAAACAACAACAGCUAUUAAAUCAGCAAGUUUUGGAGCAAAGACAACAGCAGUUUCCAGGAACAUCAGUGUGA